UGUGUGGUUCAUUUUCACAUUCGCGAUGGGAAAAGCCAAGAAAACGAGGCCACACAAGGCCAAAUUGAAUCCGACCGGUUUGGUGGAUGUAAAUGCUCUUAUUGACCAGGAAUUGGCUAACGGCAAAUCUGACUCACCGAUUCAAGCCAUCGUGGAUCAGCUGCAGUCGGCCAGUACGGAGGACAAAAUCUGUGGACUACAAACAUUGGCCACCAUUUGCCAGAACGAUGUGAAUAUUGGGUCCGUGGUGGAAAGCGAUAUCGUACGGAUCGCUGCUAGUUUGUUGAUGGAUCCGGAUCUAAGUGUCCGUCAUGCCACGGCGGGUGCUUUCCGGAACUUGUCGGUGCAGAGUGUGGAAAUAUGUGAGUACAUGGUGGACCAGGAUGUGUUAACGCCGCUGUUGGCUCUUUUGAACCAAUAUACGUCCUCCGCGGGAGAGUGGAAACCCACAUUCGAUAAAACAAUGCAGGACCAGAUGGAUGAAAAGUCCGAUACCUUCCUGCAGGCCGUCAAUCUGUUGUGGAAUUUGUGCGAGAGUACGUCAGUAGCGCUGGACAGCUUCAAUCAAUCGCAACUGCUGGAGAGCUUUGUCAGGUGUCUGGAUGUUAGUGUUUAUGGAAAAGAAAUUGCUGUAGCCGUGGCCCAAUGUCUGCUGGUGAUCUCCGAGGAUAAUGCAGCAUCUUGGCGGAUUCUGUCAACUUUUGGCAAUGAAAUCUCGGCCCUGCUGUCCCAGGACGGGGACAAUCCAAGUGUUUUAUUACGUACUGUUGCUGCUGGCAUCAUCGCCAACGUUCCGGCACUUUCAGCUACUUACCUAAGUCAACUGUUCCUUGCAUUAUCCAAAACUCUUGAAGUCAACCAUCGCACCGCAUUGAAUAGUGUCACAAGUUCGUUGCCAUUGCUGCAGCAAAAAGAUGUCGCAGAUUUGGAAGUUAUAGACGACGCUCAAAUGGAGGAAGAAUCACCGGAGCAGUCCUUCCAGAGGAGACGGCGAGCCGAUAUGCCAUCGGAAGUUGAGCUGGAUAUUAGAAACGUAGGCUGGCUCCUACAGGCGCAGAGAAUUGCUGCGGAAAUUUUGACCAACAUAUGCUCAACCGAAGAAGAGGAAUGGCAAGACGAUAUGGAUGAUGACAAUCUGUCGGAGGCGGAAAGCGUACACGAUUACGAAUCCAACGGAGCCAAUGCCAGUGUGCAGAAUACCGACAAGUUGCCAGUAGAGGCGCUGGAGGCAAUCAAAUCUCUAGGUCUGGUAGAGAAAUUGUGGCAAAAAGCACAACCGAUAGCGGAAAAUGUCGGACAAAUUCUUGUUGAGAACGAUAAAAAUUUGUUAAAACGUGUUAAUAAUUUGCGCGCUUCCUCCAUGCUGUGUCUCCAUAAUCUAUGCAACAACAUUUCCUCCGACGAUCUGGGUGGAGCAGAAGGCAUCUAUCAAGUUUGGCUGGAGCUCGGACAGCAAGUUUUCCAAGGACACCAGAACCCCAAGCUGCUGGAGGCUUCCACUUCGCUCAUGCGUGCCACAUUGGAACAUUUGCGCAAGAACCCAGAACUAUUCAAACAGAUGACCGAAAGCGACCUUCAAUUGAUGCUGAACGGUGUAAAUGAGUGCCAAGAUGCGGAAAUCCGUGCCAACUGGCUUCGAAUGUUGGGAAUCCUCGGCUGCUUGUUGCCGGAACCUCUAAUCAAACUGAUUAUAGAUUUUGUCCUCACCACUAGUCUCAAAGAACAAGACAUUUGGACCAUUUCGGAAGCCAUGGACUCGAUGAUGGAUAUUUUCGCUGAUAAUGAUUGGAAUCAAGUUGUGCACGAUCUGGGCAUGGUCGCCAAAUGUAAGGAGUUGGAUCGCAGAAUGAAAGCCAAGCUGAAACAGAACAAACGGGAACUCAACGAACGCUAUCCGGCUGUUUGCACCGUUCGAACCAAUCUGAGCCGGUUCUGCAAGUACUUGGAAACGGAAAUGAAGAAGUUCAAGCCCACCAUAGAGGCUUAAAGGAAGUGAUGAUCCUCUGAUAGGUACACUAAUACAAUCGCGUGAACAACCUUACCUAACAAUACAUAUUGAAAAUUCUAUUGAAUCCAGAUUAUAGUUUUCCAUCUGCCUCUUUAGUCGUUAUAGAUGUAACAGAGAUGCAUUAUAAUAAAUAAAAUCUAUGAUUUUUUUUUGGUAGAAACUA